UCGGUUUGGCAUUAUGACGAAGAUCGACAAACUUAUGUAAAUGAGGUUGACGUUGAAGAGUUCCUUAGAGGGGCGUGCCUCAACAUUUCAGUGAUCCAAGUCUAUAUGAUGUGUUUAUUCCACGAACACACCUUUGCAUUUGACAACUCUCAGAUUGGGUUUGUUUGUCCCGAGGCAAUGUCAAGCUCUAGAAUCAAGGCCAACCCUCAGGCUGCAUCAAUGUAUUUGAAAGUAGUUUUCAAUGCUGAAAUUGAAAAGGAGAAGAAGGGUGAUCCUAACAUUACCAAGUGGUUUUUGAUCCCAUACCAUCAAGAAAAUCAUUGGAUUUUGUACGUGUUAGACCUACGUAGAGGUUGUGCGUAUAUUUUCGACUCUGCGAUAGGUUCCAACCGAGAAAAUAGUGCAUGGGGAAUCUUGUGUUUGGCAUACCAAGUGUACAAGUUUAAUGAUGGGAUUUGUCCGAAUAGAGCGACUAUGCAGGGGUUGAAAGGCUUCCAUGUAAAGGUAUAUCAUGCUUACUAAUUAGCUUUACUUUUUUUUUUGGGUAACUACUUGGAUAUAUAAUUUAUGAUUUAUCUCCAAAUCAGUGUGCUCAACAAGUCGGCGCCCGCGAGUGUGGCUAUUACGUUAUGAAGUUCAUGCAU